UUUCUUAUCUAUGGAUGUCGUGGAAUGUCAAAAACAAAAGUCAAUAAAAAUUUUAUUUUGUGAUUAAUGUGGUUAAUAUAAUUAUAAGUUAACCAUUCCUCAUAAAAAACAAUUAUUAAACAAUUAUGUCUAAGGCAAUGAUGGUCAGUGUCAAUGUAAGAAGAUACGAUUUAAUUGAAAAUCCGAGUAUUACAUUUGCCGAGUUAGAAUUAAACGAAACAAUGGAUUAUAAUUUAAUUAAAGGAGAAAUAAAGAAGCAGUUAAACAUUUCAGAUGAACUGACAAUUAAAGUACGAAACGGCAGGAAUGUGCUUUUGCCACUUUCAAAUUUAAUUCAAGGAAGUAACAGCAGUAACGGUUCUUUUUUUCUGGACAUACUGAAAAUUCAUCAUAAUGUACCCACAGUUAAAAGAAGCAUUCACCUACAAGAUGCAUAUCUGGAUGCUAUUAAACAAAAAGUUCACUCAGUGGAAAGUAGACUUGCUCAUGCAGAACAGUUAGUGCCACAGUUGCGAUGGCACCAUCAAACUCGCAUUGAGGAAACUGUACACAAUUUAAGUACAAAGGUGUCUUUCUUAGACAGAAGAAUUGAUGAACUUAUGCCUGCACAGUGGAAAACCCAUACAAUUUGACAAACAACUUCAACACUUGGGUAAAUAUAUAUAGAUGCUCGAUUAACACUGAAAAGAUCCUUAAAGAACUGUUUGUUGCAACAUAAAAACAGCCUUGCAAAUUUCUCUUUUAGACCAUUAAAAAAGUUUGCUUUACUUUACGGAAGUUUAUAUGAAAUAUGAAAUGUUCAGUAGUUCAGCCAAGUUAAUGUUAUUUUAUUUUAUUGUAAUAGUUAUCAUAUUUAACUUCUAAUAAUUGAAUAAUUGUUUUUUAUAAAAAUAUAAUACGGUAUAGGCUGAAACAUUUCCUGUUUACUAUUCUACUUGCUGUAUAUACAUACAUAUGUAAAACUUAGGAAUUCAAUAUACAGUAAAUCAGAAAAAUAUAACUUAAAAAUGAAUAGGUAUUCUAAAACAAAAAAUGAACUAAACAAUGUUACAAAAAUCCAACUGGUGUAUCAAAUGUACAUACAUAUAAGAAAAGUAAAAUUAUAAAGAGAGUUCCUAGCAAA